UCCAGAGUUGGUUGGGGCAAUCUCGAUUAAGUCCAUUACAGUAAUUUCACUACUUCCUGUGAACUUUAUAAAAAUAAUAGAACAAGAGAGAAAUUAUCUCCUCUUUCCCUCUUCAAUUUUAAACCCGACUGACUAAGGAAGGUCGAAAGGGAAGGGAAGAAACCGAAAAAGGCAGAAGCAGAGAGCUAUAAACUAAAGGACAGCAGAUCACAGAAUUACCACCAGCAACACCACCACCACCACCACCACCAUCACCACCAACAGGAUGUUCAAAAUCUUCAAUAGAGGGAAAGAAUCCGUCAGCGAUUCCUCACCGCAAGCCUCAAAUUAUUCAUCUCCAUUGACAUCGCAUUCUUUGUCGGCGUCUCCGGUGACUGGGCCGGCGAGACCAAUCAGGCUGGUCUACUGCGAUGAGAACGGGAAGUUCCGUAUGGAUGCAGAAGCAGUUGCCACGCUCCAGCUGGUUAAGGAACCAAUCGGCGUCGUUUCGGUUUGCGGUCGUGCUCGCCAGGGCAAAAGCUACAUUUUGAAUCAGCUUCUUGGAAGAAGCAGUGGAUUUCAAGUGGAUUCAUCUUAUAAACCAUGUACAAAAGGACUGUGGUUGUGGAGUGCGCCCUUAAAGAGAACAGCUCUUGACGGAACUGAAUACAAUCUGUUACUGUUAGAUAGUGAAGGAAUAGAUGCUUAUGAUCAAACUGGGACAUACAGCACUCAGAUAUUCUCCUUGGCAGUUCUCUUAUCGAGCAUGUUCAUUUACAAUCAGAUGGGUGGUAUAGAUGAGGCUGCACUUGAUCGUCUCUCUCUCGUCACUCAAAUGACAAAACAUAUUAGAGUGAGAGCUUCAGGAGGAAGGACUACUGCUUCAGAGAUUGGAAGUUUUUCUCCUAUAUUUGUUUGGCUUCUGAGGGAUUUCUAUCUGGACUUGGUUGAAGAUAACAGGAAAAUAACACCCCGUGACUAUCUAGAGCUUGCUUUGAGGCCAGUUCAAGGUACUGGAAGAGAUAUAGCUGCCAAAAAUGAGAUUCGGGACUCCAUUCGAGCUCUCUUUCCAGAUAGAGAAUGCUUCACCCUUGCAAGGCCUUUGAAUGAUGAAGAAGAUCUUAAGCGACUGGAUCAAAUAUCGUUGGACAAAUUAAGGCCAGUGUUCAGAGCUGGACUGGAUGCACUGACAAAGUUUGUUUUUGAAAGAACAAGGCCCAAGCAAGUUGGGGCCACCAUAAUGACAGGCCCGAUUCUUGUAGGUAUCACAGAAUCUUAUUUGGAGGCUCUCAAUAAUGGUGCAGUGCCCACAAUAUCCUCUUCAUGGCAGAGUGUUGAAGAAGCUGAGUGCCGAAAAGCUUAUGAUGCUGCCAUCGAGGUUUAUACGUCCACCUUUGACCGAUCAAAGCCACCUGAGGAGAUUGCUCUGAGGGAAGCACAUGAAGAAGCAGUUCAAAAAUCACUUGCUGCAUUUAAUGCUAAUGCUGUAGGGAUUGGUACAGCAAAGAAAAAAUAUGAAGCGCUUCUCCAGAAGUUCUUCAGGAAGACAUUUGAGGACUACAAGAGGAAUGCAUAUAUGGAGGCAGAAUUGCGAUGCUCAAGUGCUAUACAAACCAUGGAAAAGAGGCUCAGAGCAGCAUGUUAUGCUUCUGAUGCAAAUAUGGAUAAUGUUCUGAAGGUUCUGGAUGGGCUUCUCUCUGAGUACGACACAUCAUGUCAUGGCCCUGGGAAAUGGCAGAAGUUAGCCAUUUACCUACAACAAAGUUUGGAAGGUCCAAUACGUGACCUUGUCAAAAGGCUUCAUGAUCAAAUUGGUUCCGAGAAGAGUUCCCUCUUGUUAAAAUGUCGAUCAGUUGAGGAGAAGAUGGCAUUGCUUAGCAAGCAACUGGAAGCUAGUGAGAAACACAAGUCUGAAUAUAUGAAACGUUAUGACGAGGCUAUCAAUGACAAGAAGAAGCUUGCUGAUGACUAUAUGAAACGCAUAUCUGAUCUACAGAGUAAUCGCAGUUCAUUGGAUGAGAGGUGUUCUAGCUUAGCAAAGCAAUUGGAAUCUGCUAAGCAAGAAGCCUCAGACUGGAAGAGAAAACACAGCCAACUUUUAUCAAAACAGAGAGCUGAUGAAGACCAGAUCAAUUCAGAAAUUAGCGUUCUCAGGUCACGGAGCACUGCUACAGAAGCCAGGCUGGCUGCUGCUCAUGAACAAACUAAGGCAGCUGAAGAAGAGGCAGCAGAGUGGAAACGGAAGUAUGACUUUGCUUUAACAGAGACAAAAACUGCUCUAGAGAAGGCGGCUCUUGUGCAAGAAAGAAAAAGCAAAGAAAUACAAUUGAGGGAAGAUGCUCUGCGAGAAGAAUUUUCUAGCCGUUUGGCUAAAAAGGAAGAGGAAAUAAAGGAGAAAAAUCUGAAGAUGGAGGAAGCUGAACAGCUUUUGACAACCUUAAACUUGGAGUUAAAGGCUGCUGAGUCAAAAAUCAAGAGUUAUGAUUCUGAAACAUCAUCCAUGAAGUUUGAAAUCAAAGAGUUGAGUGAGAAAUUAGAGUCUGCCAAUGCUAGGGCCCUAUCUUAUGAGAGAGAAGCUAGGAUACUGGAGCAAGAGAAGAUCCAUCUGGAACAGAAGUACCGAUCUGAGUUUGAAAGGUUUGCAGAAGUCCAGGAUAGGUGUAAUCACGCUGAAAAGGAAUCCAAGAGGGCAAUUGAAUUGGCUGAUAAAGCACGUGCUGAGGCGGCAUCUGCUCAAAAGGACAGGAGCGAGCUCCAGAGAGUGGCAAUGGAAAGAUUAGCUCAACUUGAGAGAGCCCAGAGGCAUAUUGAAAAUUUGGAAAGAGAGAAAAAUGACUUGGCAGAUGCAGUGGAUAGAAUGCGCAUUUCUGAAAUAGAAGCUCUCUCAAAGGUCUCACUUUUAGAGACAAGAGUUGAAGAAAGGGAGAGAGAAAUAGAGUCACUACUGAAAUCAAAUAACGAAGAGAGGGCAACUAAUGUUAAAGCCCUACAGGUUCUUCUGGAUGAUGAGCGCAAAGCCCAUAAUGCUGCAAACAAGCGAGCAGAGGACUUAUCUCUGCAGUUGGAAGCAGCACAAGCAAAACUUGAUUUGCUUCAACAACAGUUGACUUCAGUCCGUUUGAAUGAGUCAGCACUAGACGGUAAGCUCAGGGCUGCUUCCCAUGGGAAACGUAUGAGAACUGAUGAUGCUGAGAUGGGGGUAGGAUCCGUUCAAGACAUGGGCGCAAAUGACAGGAUUGUAAGACAGAGUAAGAAAUCGAGGAGCACAACAAGCCCUAUGAAGUACACACAGCCAGAAGAUGGUGGAUCAGUGUUCAAGGGAGACGAAGAUAACCAGAGUCAGCAAACUGACCAAGAAGAUUAUACGAAGUUCACGGUGCAGAAACUUAAGCAGGAACUCACAAAACACAAUUUUGGUGCUGAACUCCUCCAGUUGAAAAAUCCAAACAAAAGAGACAUCCUUGCUUUGUAUGAGAAAUGUGUUCUCCAGAAGUCCUAAGAGUUUUGAUUAUUUGACUUGUAUAUGAGGCUGGUGCUUGUAAUCUACUGGUAGUUUAAUUAAUAGAUCAGUGUGAGCUUAGAGGUAAGUUUAAGUUCUGAAUGGGCAAUUAUCUUUAACGUUUGUAUUGGGUUUGGAAAGUUGAUUUGAUGUAACUGUAAGGGGUUUGUUCAUGGUGUGAUGAGGGUAAAAAAUCUUUUAUUUAUCUCCUUUACUUUUCUAAAUUGAAUCUAUGAAUAGAUACUGGAGUUGAUUGACUGUGUGAUGAUUGAUGUAAUUGACACUAAGAAAGAAGAGUGGUUUCUUUUUUCAA